AUGUCGCCCGAGAACACCCAGCGGCCACAGGUGUCCGAGCGCCUCAUGCUGAUCCCAGCCAUCCUCAAGAACAGCACGACUGGCUACAAAAACGUGAGCUACAAACGCCGCGAGCAGAAGUUUGAGGCGAAGGUGAACGAUGGCGGCAAGCGUGUCUCCCUCGGCCACUUCGACACCGCCGAAGAGGCGGCCGUUGCCUACGCUCGCUCAGAGUACGGCCGCGCCGACGCCGCAAAGCUGCUGCAGCCCCGCGCUGCCCCCUCUGCCGCUGGCGCAGAGGCGAUACGGCAGGCGGAGAGGGAGGGGCUGACUCUGGCCGCCAGCAGCAGCGGCAGCAGCGGCUACAAGGGCGUCAGUUACUGCCCCAAGCAGAGCGGCACCAAGAAGUACGAGCUGAGGGUGCGGGCGCUGUGGGCCGACGAGUUCAGGGCGUCGCUCUCGCUCUGCUCCGCCGCGCUCGCAGGGCGCGUCGGACUCCUGCGCGUCCUCCUGUACGGCAUGGCUGUGCUCGGCUUUGCGUGCGCCGUCUACACGAUCGGCCAGGCCGCGCUGCUGCAGUCGUUGGGGGGAGCCUUCUCGGACCCUUCUCGGAACCGUCUCGGAACCUUCUAG